CGUCCAAGUGCCGAAAUGUGAUAAGGAAUUGUUGAUUUUAGAUUUACAUUUUUAUAAACAUUUUACCGUUUCCCAAUUAGUAGUUUAAAUUUUAAAACACAUAUUUUGUUUUAUAAAGUAUUUAACUUUAGUUUCAUAGGUUCUUCCGUGAAUUUUAGCCAUGGAAAAUGAAAAAGAUGCAGCUGCUGUAUUCAAAGUACCUCAUCUAAUGAUUGGGCCGAGGCCUGGCACAAAGAAAACUGUAAGCAACGUUAAAGAAACUGUUCCUACUGUUGACGAAGAGCUUGUUAAAUUAGAUCCAAAAGACAAUGUCGAUAAAGAGAAAACAAUUGAACAAAAAGAAAAACCCAAACGAGUAUCACAAGUUCCUAUUCCGUACGAAGAACCGUCAUGGGGUGGUAAACCUGGAGACAAAUAUUUUUUAGAGGAAAUGAAAUCUGGAGUCAUUUUAAGUACAAUAGCACUAGAAGGAAGAUCAUUUCAUUGUUUUGGCCGCUUAGAUAAUUGUCAUGUUACCAUGGCACAUCCAACAAUUUCUCGCUUUCAUGCGGUUCUCCAAUAUAGAUCAACAUUUUCCACAAAUGACGAAAAACGUGGAUUUUAUUUGUACGACUUGGAAAGCACUCAUGGAACAUUCCUUAAUCGAUUAAGAAUAAAACCUAAAACAUACGUCAAAGUUCAUGUGGGUCAUUUGAUAAGUUUUGGCGGCAGUACACGAAUGUAUCUACUACAAGGCCCACCUGAUGAUGAAGAAGAUGAAUCCGAAUUGUCUGUUACUGAACUAAAAGCUAAACGACAAGCAGAACUUGAACAAAGGGAAAGAGAUAAAGAAUUAAAAAGACUACAGUUGGAAGAAGAAGAAAGAAAGAAAAUGGAACAAGGGGUGGAUUGGGGAAUGGGAGAAGAUGCGGAUGAAGAGGAAGAUACAAAAGAAAAUCCUUUUGCUCCCAAAGAAAACGAACAACUUUACUUAGAUGAUCCUAAAAAGACCCUUAAAGGCUGGUUUGACAGAGAAGGACAAGAAUUUGAGUAUGAUGUAUCAGAAAAAGGAUUUGGUACUUUUACAUGUCGUAUCGAGUUACCGAUAGCGAAUAUUACUGGUAAACCUCAGAUUGCUGAAGCUACAGUGAGUGGGAAAAAAAAGGAAGCUAUCGUACAUUGUGCUUUAGAAGCAUGUAAAAUUUUAGAUAUGUACGGUCUUCUAAGACAAGCUACACAUGAAAGUAGAAAGCGUAAAGAGAAAAAUUGGGAAGCAGAUGAUUUUUAUGACAGCGAUGAUGACAAUUUCUUUGAUCGUACAGGAGAUAUUGACACCAAACGAAAAAAGAGAAUGAAAAAAUUUGGCAAAGCAGCGGAAACAGUUGAUACAUAUGAUACAUUGAUGCAAAAACAUAAAUUGUUAAUAGAUGAUUUAAAGCAUACGUCAAAUAAAUUAAAGAGAUUAAAUAGAAAUGUCAAUAAAGAUUAUGGUGAGAAUAAUGAUGAAGAUUCUCUGGAAUCGUAUAUGGCUGAUUUAAGAAAUUAUAAGACUGUAGAUAAAAUGGAGAUUACGCGACUUAAAAAUAAAAUGAAUGAACUACAAGAAGAGGAAGAGAAACUUAGAAAAAUAAUAAAUAUUGUAAAGCCUACAGCAUUACCUGAACUUACAAAACCCCAAGUUGAAGAAGUUAAAAUAGACAACCCUAUAGAGGAAAAAAUAGAGUUAAAACCAAAACUUAGUCAAUCAACCAAUGAUGAUCAACCUUCGAUAAAACAUAAAAGUAAAGAAGAAAUUAAUCCAGCCGAAUGUCCAAUUAAACAAAAUAUUCCAAAAUUACCAAAAAAAAAUAUCGUUGAGGAAAAAGAGUCUUCGGAAAAAGAAACCUUAAAAAAAGAAGAAGAAAAAGCUCUAAAAUAUUUGAAAGACACUGAGAAAAGGCAGAAACAAUUAGAAAAAAUAGAAAAAAAGAUUAUUGCCAAGACUGCUGAAAAAGAUAUGACAGAAGAUUUUGGAACAAUGGUUUGGAGACCUCCAUCUGAUCAAAAAGGCGAUGGUCGUACAAGUUUAAAUGAUAAAUACGGUUAUUGAUUGGUAAAUGUAGUAAAAAUGUAUAUAAAAUGUAAAUGUCAAUCACUUUUGAUACAUAAUAUAAAUAAUGUAUAUAUUAGCUAUUUAAAAAAAAAUUGUUUAUGUUAUGACAAAUCUUGUAACAAUAGUAAUAA